AUGGGCAAACCUACGAACUCUGCUCCAGCUACCUCGAGUUCCAAGAUCGACGAUCAUGCAACAGCUGAAUCACACCGGAUGCAACUCUCUGAUGGUCCGCCUGAGCCUACUCCUCCGUUGAACGAGUUACCGAUCUCGACAACUCUCCCUGAAGUCACUGAAGAAAUUGCUUCGUUUAAUACAGCUCAGGAGAAGUCUGGAUCCGAUGGUAGCGGGGAAAAUCAGGGCACUUCAGUGGCUGUAGCAGAUCCACCUCAGGAUGCUGCGGAGCUUGUGCAUGUUCCCACUGAUGUGAAUCUGGUCUUACCAGUCGAAGGUGAGCAAGUGGCUGUAGCAGAUCCACCUCAGGAUGCUGCGGAGCUUGUGCAUGUUCCCACUGAUGUGAAUCUGGUCUUACCAGUCGAAGGUGAGCAAGGUACUUCGACAAAUAAACCCGAGACGCAUGCAGAUCUGAAGGGAAGUGAUGAGUCACCUCUCCAAAUUGUGGCAUUGCACAAAGACACAACCCUGGUCCAAGCAAACGAUCCAAGUGAAGCGGCGUCUGAGUCAAGUAAGCACAUUGAGGAGACCACUAAGGACCACGAUGCUAUCUCUUUGGGCUCCUCCUCUGAAGACAUAUCUGAGAAAUCUACCAGGAAGAAGCGUGUCCUGCAGCGUCUAGACCGGUUCUGUUCCUAA